GUCGUUAUCGCACAAGGGUACGGCAGAAAACACGGUGGCGGUUGUAAAACAAAACGAAUAUUACAUUUCAUUUUUUCUUUGGAACCGCUGGCCGAAAGCUUAACACAUUAAUAAGUCUGCGUACAGCCGUGACGUGGAGGAAGUGGGAGAAGAGCCGCCUGUCAAAAGCAGAGCAUCACAGCCAACAUGGCGGACUGGGACGUUGACAGCUUCGAGCCGGAGGGGACGCCUCAGAAGGCGGUACAGGACAAAUGGGAAGGCGAGGACGAAGACGACGAUGUUAGAGACAACUGGGAUGAUGAGGAAGAAGAGGAGAAAAAAGCUGCCGCGAACAAAAUAGAGGUUUCAAAGGUUUCUGAAAAGAAAAAGUUGAGUGAAAAGAUUAAAGAGAAAGAAAACCGUUUAAAGAAAAAACAACAGGAGCUAAAAGAAAAAGAAUUGGAAGAGCAGCAAGAAAAUCUAACCCCUGAAGAACAAGUUGCAGAGAAGUUAAGAGUGCAGAAGCUACAGGAAGAUGCAGACAUGGAGUUAGCAAAAGAUGCCUUCGGAGUUGGGAGUUCUUCAGUAGCUGGAAUUGAUGCCAUGUGUCCAUCUUCCAAAGAAGACUUCACAGAAUUAGAGAAAUUGCUAAAAGAGAAACUAUCCCAGUUUGAAAAAUCAGUCCAUUAUUCAAGCUUUUUGGAUUCAUUGUUUCGGGAACUCUGUAUUACAUUGGAGGUGGAUGAGUUGAAGAAAAUAAGUAACUCCCUUUCUGUUCUACUUAGUGAAAAACAGAAACAAGAAAAGCAAAUGAAAGCCAAGAAGAAGAAGAAGGGUGUCGUGCCCGGUGGUGGUUUAAAAGCACAGAUGAGAGAUGACCUGGACUAUGGUGGUUUUGACGGCGGCUUCACCCAAGAGUAUGAGGACUUCAUGUGACACAGGCUCCGCUGCCACGUCAUGCCCCCUCUUCCAACCUUGAGGGAUGAAACGCUACCUUCCUUUGCUGUCCAGUGUCAUCCUGGAAGAUCAGAACUAUAUGUUGCCCCCUGCAUCUUGCUUCAGUGACUUCAGGGACUGUACUGGUAGCAUCCAGGCUCACUUUCUCUUAACAUUUUAAAAAUAAGAAAUUGCCUUUUCUCUCUUCAUGCAUACUGGACUCACAUGCAAACUCACAUGAUUAAGUUUAUCUGUUAGGUAACCUGCUUCAAGGGAGAAUACGUGUGUACUGUGUCUGUUUUCAGGGCUCAUUUUCAAAGAAAUGUUGCUACUGUCAGAAUAAGAGACAUAGUUGCAGUUAUACAUGUAGUGACAUAGAAACAGAAGGUUCUAUGCAAAUUCUUAAACCAGAAUGUCAUAUAUAUUUUGGGUCUCACUUGUGGAUGGGUUCUCUUACAGAUAAGUAUAUAGUAUCUAUAAGUGGUUGCCAAAUGCAAAGCAAUUAUCAAUCUUUAUAAAUGGAGAGUUUAUUCUGUUAAACUGACAAGAUGUUUAUUUACAGAAAGUAUAAAAACAGGUUAAAGCUAAAAGGGAAGAAUGAAUAUAAAUUAAAUAUGACUUUAAACCACCACAGCCAUACUAUGAAUCUGGGAUGUCUUGAAAAAAACUGAGCAGAAGUAUUAAGUGGUAUUGUUUUGUGCAUGACAACUAUCAUUUGCUACCAACAUGAUUUAUACUAGUGCUGAAGACUGGAUUAGAAUUUGGAUGAACAUGUUCAAAAUGGUCUCUAAUCAUGACUUCUGCAGGCUUGUAUCAAGUGUGAUGUGGAAAAUGGGAUUUAUGGAUAUCCCCCAACCAUGUCUUCAUAUGGGCUACAGCCAUUUGAAAGCGAUAUAUUUCUCUUUUCUAGAAGUUGACCAGUUGCAAUGUUACAUGGAGAAUUGACUACUGUGUUGACAUUAAGCUAUCUGCAGUGUUUUAUAAACAUCUAAUUUAAUAAAUCACUGGUCAAAACAAA